AAGAGAUCUACACCACGCCAAAAAAAAAGAAUUAAAAAUAGAGAGAGGCAAACAAAAUCCCAACUACAACAGCAUCGACGGAGAUUCCAAUGCCGGAAACGUACUUGGAUUCCUCCGCCGCAUUUCCAAAUUAAUCCAUCACGCAUUCCUCCUCGAUCCCUAAUCACAAUGAUUCACCGAUGCAUUUCCAAGGCGCCUCCGCCUCCCUUACCAAUCUCCAGACCCAAAACCCUCACCAAGUCCACCAUCCGCUGUCAAUUGGAGCAGAAAGCGCCGCCGCUCCCCUACACGGGGCGGGACCCCAAUGUGAAGAAGCCGGGUUGGCUGAGGCAGAAGGCGCCUCAGGGGGAAAAGUACGACGAGGUCAAGGAAUCGCUGUCGAGGCUCAAGCUCAACACUGUAUGUGAGGAGGCGCAGUGCCCUAAUAUUGGGGAGUGCUGGAACGGCGGCAGCGACGGCAUCUCCACCGCCACCAUCAUGUUGCUCGGCGACACCUGCACUAGGGGCUGCCGUUUCUGUGCUGUGAAGACGAGUAGGAACCCGUCGCCGCCCGAUCCUAUGGAGCCCUAUAAUACUGCCAAGGCUAUUGCCAGUUGGGGUGUAGAUUAUAUUGUCCUCACCAGCGUGGACCGAGAUGAUAUACCUGAUGGUGGAAGUGGCCAUUUUGCUGAAACAGUGAAAGCAAUGAAGGCACUUAGUCCUGAAAUCAUGGUUGAGUGUUUAACAUCAGAUUUUCGAGGUGAUCUAGAGGCUGUAUCCACGCUUGUUCACUCAGGAUUAGAUGUGUUUGCUCACAAUGUUGAAACUGUGAAACGACUGCAGCGGAUAGUAAGGGAUCCUAGGGCUGGAUAUGAGCAAAGUUUAUCAGUUUUGAAACACGCAAAGCUCGACAAGGAAGGGAUGAUAACAAAAUCAUCUCUUAUGUUAGGACUUGGUGAAAGUGAUGAUGAAUUGAAGGAAGCAAUGGCUGAUUUAAGGGCGAUUGAUGUUGACAUUUUGACUCUAGGACAAUACUUACAGCCUACUCCAUUACAUCUUACAGUCAAGGAGUAUGUUACCCCAGAAAAAUUUGCUUUCUGGAAAGAUUAUGGAGAGUCAAUUGGUUUCCGUUAUGUUGCCAGUGGACCCUUGGUUCGAUCAUCGUACAGGGCGGGAGAGCUGUUUAUCAAGACUAUGGUAAAGGAGAAGACCAAAAAUGGAUCUGCGUAACCUACCAACACAUUGUAGGACCUCAAUUCUUUGGCUGCCAAUUAUAGAUAAGCUUUGUAUUGUAGCGCUAGCAAUUCCAAUUCAUAAUUUGAGUAUGUAAUCACAUGGAUCCCAAAAUUUUUGAUGCAGAUAUUGUUUAUUGUUAUUUAUGAA